AUGGAGAAAAUUUAUAAAACAUCAGCCGUAGGUUAUUACAUUAAAUUAGCAGAAAAGAAUCAGGCAAAUGAUAUUGUGCGUUUCUUAAAGGAAAAUUUUAACAACGAAGAAACGAUAUUCAAGAGUCUUAUUAAUUCCAGAAGAGUGAUAAACGAAGAAGAAACUAAAUUAAUAACGGAAGAUCAAGAAAAUUUUCAAAAAGCAAUAUUCGAAAGUUCUCCCUGUUUGUUGGCCUACAAUGAAAAAACGAAGAUGAUCGUUGGAAUUAAUUUAAUGAUAUUGAGUAAAAAUUCACGUUUUAAUAAUUCUAAUAAUACCGGUACCAAUGCAAUUUUUCACGAUAAUAUACCAAAAUCAAAAUUAAUCAAGGAUUAUUAUUAUUAUAUGUCUACUAUAACCGACAAGAUUGAUCUUUACGAUAGAUUUCCAAACGCCAAAGAAGCAUUAGAAUUUUACGCUGUCGCCGUUGACAAGGAUCAUCGUAAAAUAGGCUUGUCCUUAGAUUUAACGAUAGCAGGAUUAUCGUUGGCAAAAACCUAUUCCAACGUUGGAUUUAUAUUUGGUCUUUAUACAUCGACGUAUUCGAAAAGAAGUGCCGAGAAAAUAGGUAUGAAGAGUUUAGCAGAUGUCGAUUUGCUAACCUAUAUGAACGAAAAGGGUGAGCCAAUUUUUCAAGACACUCCACCCCAUAAUAUUGUAUCCCUUAUGGUAUUAGAAUUAUAAACAUUAUGAUGUA